GAGAGGCAGGGCACCUCCCCGGCUUUGCAGCGGUGACCUCCGCCGGUCCUCCAGGCCGCUCGCCCUCCGGCUGCGCCCGCCCCAGGACGCCGGCGCCGGGUCCCCGCGCGACUACCUCCCGGCGUUGGCACUCCCCUCCUCCUACUCGCUCGCCCCUCCUCCGCCUCUUCCGUUUCAGAGGGAAAGUCUGCAGCCUCCUUCUGGGCUCCGCAUCCCCGCUUAGGUAAUCCUCUUUCCUGCUUACGCCACCCCUCCCCGGUGUCCCCAGCGCCAGCGUCUCCUCCUCCGCGCAUCUGGGUCCCCACGAGCGGCGCGCGCUCCAUCGCCUCCGCGGAGGGCAGCCGAGAGCCAGAGGAGCCAGAGGGCGGGGGAACCUUUAGAAAUGUCAGACGUCCUUCGGGAGUUGCUCCGCGUCUCCGAGAAGGCUGCUAACAUCGCCCGGGCGUGCCGGCAGCAGGAGGCCCUCUUCCAGCUGCUCGUCCAGGAGAAGAAAGAUGCGGAGAAGAACAAGAAGUUCGCGGCGGACUUCAAGACCCUGGCGGACGUGCUGGUGCAGGAAGUCGUAAAGCAGAACAUGGAGAAUAAGUUUCCAGGCUUGGGGAAAAAAAUUUUUGGCGAAGAAUCCAAUGAAUUUACAAAUGAUUUGGGGGAGAAGAUCACUGUGGAGCUGCGGUCCACGGAGGAGGAGACAGCAGAGCUUCUCAGCAGGGUCCUGGAUGGCAACGUGCCGGCGUCUGAAGCGCUGGCGAAGGUGGUGCACCAGGAUGUGGACCUAACUGACCCCACUUUGGAGUCCUUGGAGAUCAGGGUCCCACAGGACAUUCUGGGGAUUUGGGUGGACCCCAUAGAUUCAACCUAUCAGUAUAUUAAAGGUUCUGCCAAUGUGAAAUCCAACCAGGGAGUCUUCCCCAGUGGGCUUCAGUGUGUGACGAUUUUGAUUGGUGUCUAUGACAUACAGACAGGCGUGCCCCUGAUGGGAGUCAUCAACCAGCCUUUUGUGUCUCAGAAUCUAACUACGCUAAGGUGGAAGGGACAGUACUAUUGGGGCCUCUCCUACAUGGGGACCAACAUCCAUUCCCUGCAGAUCACCCUCUCUAAAGGGACCGGCGGUGGAACCCAGACUGAAAACUCAGACGGGGAGCUCUCCCGCCCCCUUUCCGCAGUCAUCAGUACCAGCGAGAACGAGGCCAUCAAAACCGCGCUGUCCCGAGUGUGCGGAGGCGGCGUCUUCCCGGCAGCGGGGGCCGGCUACAAGAGCCUCUGUGUAGUCCAAGGCCUGGUUGACAUUUACAUCUUCUCAGAGGACACCACGUUCAAGUGGGACUCCUGUGCCGCCCACGCCAUUCUGAGGGCCAUGGGUGGGGGCAUGGUAGACAUGAAAGAGUGCUUGGCGCGAAGUCCCCAAGCGGGGCUGGACUUGCCGCAGUUGUUGUAUCACACAGAAAACGAAGGUGCUUCUGGAGUGGAUCUCUGGGCCAACAAGGGAGGACUGAUAGCCUAUAGGUCCAGGCAUCGGCUGGACACUUUCCUGAGCUGCCUCAUCCAAAACCUUGGGCCUUUGAAGACACAGACAUAGGGCCCUGACCUCAAUUUGCCCUAAAGCCGAACCGAACCCCCUUUGUGUUGUCUGUUCUCCAAGAUAGUUCUGUCUUGUUGUUUAAUGUUCCCUUGCCUCUUUUCAGGAACAUUUCCCCGUUAUGUGUUCAUUAUGUUAAUUUCUGUAAAUUAAUGACAUUCAUGUCACAACUAAGUUGGUAUAUGAUAUUCUUACAGGGAACCUUGUUCUGUUAAUGUUGCUUGGAACCCUUCAAUAAAAUUCCAAAGGAGCAGUGAAA